CCUGUUGGGUGCGGGGAAGAGACUUGGCGAGAACACCGGCCCAGAGGAAGCAGUCAUAACCAGGAGCCCCAAGAACAAUCCAGAGACCCUUCGUCCGCUAGUGCAUCGCCCACCCGGGCUUCAGGUGGCCCGUUACCAGCCAGAUGUUCACUGCAAACGCAAGUGAGGCUCUGUGGCUGGGAGACAAGGAGGAGCUGUGGGUGUUUAGAAAGGUCCCUCUGAGCCAGGUGGAGCACAGGUGAGAGGUAGCAGGAGGACAGAAGGCCCCGGUGACAGUCUCAGUGAAGAGGAAGGUGGCCUGGACUAAGGCGGAAGCUGGACAAACCAAGAAACAGAGCGACGGACUGAGAGUCACACAACAACCUGGGAGACCAAGAGACAGACCUGAGGGGGAGGAAGGAACUGGAAAGAAAACAGAGAAGACAGCCUGCAUUUUAUGACAAUCUACAAAACAACAGUCCAACCCCUGGUUGGUAGUGACUGCCAGUUCUCACAGUGUUAGUCCUCCCACGUGACUCAUGUCAGGCUGCAAGAUGCCCCUGAGUGUGGCCGGGGAGGACACAGGCAAUCACCUACCCUGACGCUGUGCUGCUCUCCUCUCCACACAAUGUUGGUAAAGAGCCUCCAGUGCACAGGUGGAAAAUUCAGAAAAGUAUUAAGAAAAAGAAAGCAGACGGCCUCCAAUCCCACCACCAGAGAUGACCACUCUCAACCCGGGAAUAACCAGGCAGCUAAAUGGCACCUGCACCAGCUCAGUGGACAUGGAGCUCUUUCUCCAUUACUCUAUCAUCCCAUCACUUUUCAUCAUUUUGGUCUUGUCCCUCCUACAAAGACGAGAGCAUGGUAGACAGACAGACGACACUUCCUACCUCCUGGGGAACCACUUUGGAAUCAUCGUGCCUCUGGACUUCGUGGGGACUUUCAGUAACCGGUGGUCCUAUGGAAUCGCCUUUGGGGCCACAGCCAAUAAGAUCAUGUUCUUGUUCUCAGAAGGCUACCAGCCCCUGCAGGUCCCGCAGUGGGCCCAAGCUUUUGUGCUUCUGAUCGGAGGCUUCGAGGUCGGCCUGUCCUUCUUCCCCUUCUUUGCCUGCCUCUCGUCUGAGUUCCGGCUGACCAGCUCCAUCCUGGGCUUCUGCUACUCCCUGCUCUGGUUUGUACUCACUGUUCUUCAAAUCUCAGAGUGUCCUCAUGGGCAGUUUGUGGGGAGGUACGAGACCCUGCUCUUCUACUGGCCCUCGCUGCUGUGCCUGGCUUUCUUGCUGGGCCGCUUCCUGCACAUGUUCGUCAAGGCUCUGAAAGCCCACCUGGGCUGGGAGCCCCGCGCGGAGGAAAAGCCCCUGCUGGAAGCUCACCAGGCGGAGCAUGUCAAACAGCUCCUGAGGAAGGCCUGCCCACGAGAGAGAGAAAAGUCUUGGUUCCAAACCAGGGUAUAUGACUGGGACCCCUGUUUUCAAUUCCCAAGCAGAAUGGUUGGAACUAUCGUGUUGGCGUUCAUCUGCCUAUACCUUUUCAUCAUCAUUGAGUUCUGCAUGUUUGUGUUCGUGAGAGACAAGCUGGAUGUGUUUGAAGGCAAGCUGGAGAGUUAUGUCGCCUUAAUGAACGAGACGGGGACCCUGACCCCAGUCAUCUUGCAGGUGAAGGAGCUGAUCAGCGUCUCCAAAGGAGUCUGGGUGGCUACCAUUUUGCCUGCAUCUCUCACAAGUGUGAGCUAUCUGUUCCAUAUUUUGGCCUGUUACAGAAAGCACAUGAAGAGGCUGUGGGCAGGAGAUAAACACUUUCUCCCUUUGCGGUUCCACAAUCCUUCCCCGUCUGAGAGUGUGGUGGCCAUUGCAAGGUACUCCGGCUGGCAAAUAGCUUAUAUUCUGUGGGGCUACCUCAUCAUCCAUGUGAUGCAGAGCCUGUGUGGCCUGAUGAUCAUGUAUGGCCUGGUGCUUCCUGUCACCCACCACAGGGGCCUGGAGAUGCUCCGAAGGCUGGGACUUGGGAUCCUCACCAUCUCCAUCAUCCUGGGCCUCAUGAUCCUGCAGAUGUGGAUUGCCGCCAGCUUCUUCCUGCAGCCCAAGCUGGGCCCAGGGGACAAGCAGAAGCCCUUGGCUCUCAAUAACAGGAAAGCCUUCCACAACUUCAACUACUUCCUGUUCUUCUACAACGUGCUGCUGGGCCUGGGCGCCUGCCUCUCCAGGUUGCUCAUCAGUUGCGUCCUGGGCACGUGGCUGAUUGCGCGCAUCGACAGGACCAUCAUGCAGAGUGGCUAUGAGGGAGCAGACAUGGGGUUCAGCGCGUGGAUCGGCAUGCUCUAUGUGGACCAUUAUCACACCAACCCCGUGCUCGUCAGCUUUUGCCACAUCCUGAUCGCAGGCCACAGGGAGAGGAAGCUGCAGAAGGCCAUCAAAUACUGGUGCCUGGACCAAUCAGCAGGUCCCCGCAUCUCAGCUAGGUCCAGGACGAGGUGGCGCCUGCUGCAGACCCUGAUCAACAACCCCAGACUCGUCAUGCUCAGAAAAUCAAAAUCAGGACAUGGUUCCCAGGAGUUUACCCAGAUUCUGUUGACGUGCUCAGAGAGCUGACACUGGCGACCCACAUCGGCUCUGAGGCCAGGUCAGGUCGUCUGCUCCUGAGAGAAGGCUCAGACUAACCAGCAGCUGUUCCCUGUGAUGGGAGGGGGUGGCACAGGCACUGUCCACGCACAUGGCAGACAGCAUUGUGGCAUGGCCACCUGGACUGAGGGUCGAAGUUUCAGGACUAUUUCACUCUUUUAUGAAAAAAAAAAAGAUAAAAAACUAAAGAGAAGUUUGUUGAGCAAACUUUAUCCACGGAUACUUCUAUCCACCAUUGGUAGGCGACCUUGGGAAGUUACCUGUUAAGAAGCCCAAAGCUUGACUCCAAGGCAGAACUUUGUCACUGAAGAAGGUGGUAAAAGGUUUAUAUCAGAAAACUCUGAUUUCUUAGAACAGAGUGUGGUCCUCAAUUCCGUGGGGUCCUCAUUGCUUUCUUCUUUCCAGUCUUUAGGGUGAUGGGAGAGAAGGAAACCCGAGCACCUGGCCCCUAAUCUGGGAAGAUGAGCAGGCACAGAGCACUCGUCCCAUGGCAGCUGGGGUGAGGAGUGGAUCAGAGCUGACCUGGGCCUUGCUUGCAGGGAAGAUGCUCAGACUCUCUCUGACCAGGGUGGGAUCACCUGGGUAAACCACCUGUCUGAGGAAGCAGAGACAGGGAUGUAGGCAGGCAUUUCAGGCAGGGGACACUAAGACCAAAAUGGUGUAAGCAGACAUGUCCCAGCAUGUGUGAUGAGGGUGAACUUUGAUGCAUAUGGGGGUGCGGGGUGCCAUGGGUUGGUUAGGACCACUCCAAGCACCUACAGAUGUCGGGUCAGUAGGCUUGGACAUUGGUUUUUGUGCAGAGUCCAGAACUUGCCCAAAUUUUUAAUGCUCAAGCAUAAAGUAUCUGAUGACCCAAGAUCUGCGUAAAGUUUGAUCAACCAUUCAAAGUCCCUCAUGAGCCUGGGAAAGUGCCCUGAGGACCCCACCAACAUCGUAGAGGAAAAUCCCCAUCCACCACAUGAGUCCCAGACCAUUAUUAAGUACGUGGUGUAAACUCAGUCCUGUGGCUAGGUCUAUUUGCCAGAGUUCUCUCUUUUAGCUUAAUCUCCACAACCAAGCUUUGCCAUUCUGCAUUUAGCAACAAAAAAACAAGGACUCCCAUAUCACACUUUGAAGCUGUUUGACAUUGGCCAAAUUACUUUGCCCUUCUCCAUUCACUUUUCUUAUCUAUAAAAAGAAACCCCAUAAGCUAAUACCCCUAGCAGCCAAAAUUAUUUUAAGGAUAAAGUGAGUUAAUAAAUAUGAACACUCUGAA